GGGGAAAGGCAGCUGCCCAGGAGGGUUCCUUCAAGUUUCCUGUUAACUCGUCUUGAGCAUGGAGCGAUCCACGAGGGAGUUGUUUCUCAGCUUUAUCGUGGUCCUCAUAACUGUAAUCCUCAUGUGGCUGCUGGUGAGAUCAUAUCGAUACUAAGAAGAUGAAGAUGGCUUUCCUGAGAUUGACCAGCACAGAAGAACCCUCAAGCAUAGGAGCUCUCCUAUGCUGUAGGAUGCCUUGGCUUGCCCCUGUCUGAAAUUACUUGUACCUAGACGUAACUAGGGUGGGAUGAAGAUUUUCCCUUUGUGGAAAUAUUUCUCUGGCCUUUGCUAAUGUUUUAGGGUUCUAUGCUUCUGUGAUC